AUGGGCGCGAAUUUUUGUGAGACUUGUAAGACACAGUUUCAUGAUAUCAUACACAAUGACUGUGACAUCUUGGAUAUCACCGGAUAUGGCGGAGCGCGACCAAAACAGGAAAAGUCAGCCCCUCGAUGUGACCAACACGAUAAGAAAAAAGUUUGGUAUUGUCAGUACCAUCAACUAUUAGGAUGCAGCAUGUGCGUUUUCAAAGAUCACAGAAGUUGUGAAGAGGUGACAACAGCGAUAGAGUAUUUUCAGAAAUUAAAAGAUGGAUCACAGCUGGCAAACAUGCAAGACAUGCUGAAGAAAAACGCGGAGGUCAUGGACGUAAUAGUAAAGGACUUUGACGAACAGCUUCAAACUCUGGUACAGAACCAGGAAGUCGCACUACAGAGUAUCACCGAUCUCCGUCAAAAGGUCGAUAAACGGCUAAACACGCUACAGAAGGACGUCACAGACAAGUUGAUCGCGUCGUUCAAAGAAGAGAAGAUAAACAUGGAGGCGUCACUACGGCAGUGUGAACGUCUGAUGAAUAGUAUGCUGAAUACCAUGAAGUCGUCCGUUACCGCCGUAGAGGGAAAUGACCACAUUGAGACGAUAGUGUUGUACCAGAGAGGACAGGCAGAGGUGGAAUCGUGUAAGGCCCUGAUCACGGAGAUGAGAAAGUCGUACACGUCCGUCAACAUUAAACAUCAUGUUGUUAGUGGACUCGGCAACCUUGAUGAUGACGCAAUGGGAAAGAUCAUCAUCGAGAAACAACCACGACGUUUCCCUGGCAAUCAUUGUGAUCUAGUACCACCCUUGUUAGAACGCAAAGUGAAGGAAAUUGGAAAGUUCAACAUAAAGGUUCCGUCAGAUAAAAAGAAUUGCUGGGCUUGCCUUGCCCGUGGUGUUGUGUACCUCCCAUGUGAUCAAAUAGUGGUAAGUGAUGACAGACAACAAGAAGCUGAAGCUGUUUACAGACAAAGGACAGUUCCUGGACGAGUUGACCAUUCGAGGAUAUCCCAAUGA